AUGAAGGUCAAGUUUGCGGUGCUGGGGGACGCGUUUGUGGAUGUGGUAGCGAGCGCACUGGCAGCCGAUCAGCUGCCUCAAUGGGGUAGCGACGUCGAGUGCUCUCGACCCAUUCAACUGCAGCCGGGGGGCUCGGCGCUGAACACAGCGACGCACUUGGCAAACCUCAGUAGCCGCAACACGGACCACGAGCUGCACGUGGCACUGCACACAGUGAUAGGCAAUGACUCGUUCGCAGACGUAGUGAAAUCGCACCUAGCGGAGCGCAACGUGGUGCUGAGCUCCCCGACGCUGGCGGACAUUCCCACGGGUGUCUGUAUUGUUCUCAGUGGACCGCACGACCGUAGUUUCAUCACGCACUACGGAGCGGUCCGUCGGUUCAAUAUUGAGCACAUCAACGAGACAAUGGUGCUUUCGGCGGACCACCUGCACAUCGGAGGAUUUUAUAGCUGUGCCAGUCUUCGAGCAACUAUAAAGCCUUUGCUAGUCAAGGCAAGAGAAAAGGGCGUCACCAUAUCGCUGGAUACAAACUACGACUCGUCCGAGAAGUGGGAGGAUCUUGACGUGCUGUUUUCGCUCAUUGACGUGUUUUUGCCAAACGAAGUGGAGGCGAUGAAGAUCUCGCACACGGAAUCGGUAGAUGCGGCAUUAGCAUACUUUGCAAAUCGAGUCAAAGGAGUGACGGUCAUCAAGACUGGUGCAAGUGGUGCCAUCGCGCACUGCUCGAAAGCUCAGCAGCAAUGGACGCAGCCAAGUUUUCCGGCGGAUGUCGUGGACGUCACGGGGGCAGGUGACUCGUUCAACGCUGGAUUUCUCUCAGCGUGGAAGACAAACGGUGGAGACGUGGGUGAUGCACUGCGCUGGGGUUGUGGGACGGCGUCGCGAAUAGUGGCCGUCGUCGGUGCCUGCAAUCUUUCACUCGAUUACGAUGACGUGUUGAAGGUGGUCUCAGCCCAGUAA